AGCAUUGUGGGAACGGCCGCGGGAAAAUGGCGGCAAGGGAGGAGGGCGGCGGCGGCGGCGGCGGGCGGGCGAACCCGGACCUGUUGCUGCACCCGGAGCUGCUGUCGCAGGAGUUCCUGCGGCUCACCCUGGAGCAGAAGAACAUACUAGUUGAAAAUAGUGCAAAGAUCGACAAAGAUGGCCUCACUAAUCUCUAUGUUCAACAUGCCAUACCAUUGCCCCAGCGGGACUUACCCAAAAGUAGAUGGGGGAAAAUGAUGGAAAAGAAAAGGGAGCUAAAUGAAACAAAAAAUGAGAAUAAAAGUGUUACAACUGUGGAAGGCUUACGGAAACGGCCACUAAUUGUAUUUGAUGGCAGUUCAACAAGUACAAGUAUAAAAGUGAAAAAGACGGAAAACGGAGCUACUGAUCGCCUAAAACCUCCUCCAGCUGGAAUCACUGCCGAUACUUUUAGGAGAUUAUCUGUUCCUUCAAAUGCCUCAGCAUACAUUUCAGCCUCCAGUUUAUCGCAGGCGGCUAAACUGGAAACUAGGAAGAAUAAGGCUAAACAGAACAGUGUUCCAGUGACUAAUAGCAUAUUGGCUAAUCUGAAAUUGCCACCUUUGACCCCAGUAGCAGGAGCUGCUGUCGUGAAAUUAAAGAGAGCAGCUCCAAAAGAAGAAUCUGAAUCAGCGUGGCUGAGAUCAGCUGAAUUACUGCUCGCAACAUCCAGAUUUGCAUUCUCAAAGUUUGGUGUCAGCGUCUGUGUUGAACUCUACGUGAGUCUGGAUGCUGCUCCCCUGUUGGGUCUGCCAGAGCUAGUUGGACUUUGCACCAUACCCUGAAAGUCCAUCUGUUUAUCCAGGUGUUUGCCUGUCUAACCAACUGAAGACUGUUUCAUAGUUCCUUCUUAUUUUUGAUGACUGUUGGAGAUUGAUUUGGAGGUUGUCUGUUUGCUGCCAAUUCUUAUGAAUUUUUUUAUUUUUAAAUUUGCAAGUGCACAGAGAGGCUAAAGCAAUGGGUUCCUCAUUUAUACAUGGUAGUGUAAAGAAAUACCUGUUUUUCUGUAGUUGUAAUUUUUCAGCAGUUUUACGCAAGUAGUCUUUUAAUUGUUUUUAGAACAGAGCAUUUUUAAAAUUCUUUAAUUUUUAAAAAAUAGAUUUAAUAAUAAACUUUUAAGAGCAGAUAUUCCUAUAUUUGCUUUAAAACAUUCUUCAUGGAUCAGACUUUAGUUUAAAAUUCUUAUAUGGAUGUAUUUCUAAAUUACUCAUGUUUUCAAAGUGAGAGGGAUACUUUUGGUAAAUCUGCUCACCACCACAAAAAAUGGAUGAGUUUGCAAGAGGUUAAAUUUAUCAGCCUUUAUAGUUCUACUUCCUUUUUACUUUCUGGGUAAGCCUGACAUUUUAAUGUCCUCCAGAAGAUGGCAUUAGAAAGUUACUAUAAUGGUGCAUAUAGUGCUAAAGUUCUCAGCUAACCCUCUCUGGAUGUUGUACAAUAACUACUAAAUACUGUCUAGUGCAGCACAUCUAAUAUUAGUUGUGUACUUUCUUCUAUUCCAGAAUGACCUAAAACCUACAGAAGCAAAGAAGAAAAUCCAGCAUGUAACAUGGCCAUGAAUUAGUGGAGGUCCUGGAAAUGUAAAUAUAUCAUUCCUGUAGUUCAGAACAGUUGAAGUACAUUUCUCUUUAAACUAUACAGGGAUUCAUAUUGUUGUGGAGUUUUCUUAAGUUUGAAAGCUCCCUAAUAUAAAGCUGGAAUCAUAGUCUCACCAAUCACCUUAGAAGUGUCUACCUUCUUGCAUUGAGAGUGGUUUCACUUCCCCUUCCAAAGGUGGUGGUAUUACAAGAUACUAAAAAAACCUGCUUUUGAAUUUUCAAUUAUACUGUAGUUCAUCUCCUACGUGUCUCUACAAAACACCUUUGUGGGCUUAAAAAUUGUUUUUAUGCUAUACAGCUAAAUUCAGUUUAGUAGGUCAUGUCCUGGCUAAAUACCCAACACAAUUGUUGAGGUUCCAGGUGGUAUGAAAGAUUGUGCAUCCAAACCCUUUUUGGGUUCCAGAAGAUAGUUACUUAAACAAUAUAGUAUAAAAUCAUCGGAUUGACAGGUUUUAUUCUAGAGAAAAAAUUAUUUUUGUUAUACAGAACAAAACUACAGAAUUGUAUUUGUAUUACAUUUUAAAAUACAGGUUAAGUUGGUAAUAACAGAUGAACUAUAUAACAUCCGUGCUUCAAAUUGAAGCUUCUAUAGUCAUUGGAGAUUAAAAAAAUGCACAUGGAAGCACAUUAUUAGAAUCUAUAUUCAGUAUGAAUCUGAGGAAAAAAUAAUGAAUGGAUUAGUGCCAUGCUCUUAUAUACACACUUCUGUAUGCAUGUGUGCAACACAUUUCUUUUGUUAUCCCCGUUAUUAUAAUGCUUGUUAAAAUAAAGUGGGAAAUCCUAGAAUGCGGGCCAACACUCUCCUCUCAUCAACACAUAAAGAGGUAACAAUCACUGCAGUGAGUUAGGAUAGUGUACUCUUAACAAUGUCUUGCCUCUUUAAUACCUGUGAUAGUUUUAAAAUAAUAUCUUCGGUUUUUCUUUGAAUCCCAGUGGAUUCCAUUUAGAUUUUUACUUGUGUGGUGUAACACACUGGAUCUGGUCCUGUGUUCAUUAGAAUCAAUGGCACAACUAUUUUGUAAUUUUUUUGUAUUUUUGAUUUUGGUGGUUAAGUGGGCCUGAUCCUGCACCUACUUUGAGUGUAUGUGGUAAAUAGUAAAGCUUCUAUAUACAAAAACUAAUUUGAAAUCUGUGUUCCUCCCAUAUGAAAGCCUUUCACCACUGAAUUUAAACAUGAAGAAAUCCUUGUUCUGGCUUUAUGAGCCAGUUGAAAACGCUGUCAGCAGCGAUCUGAAAGCUUACUUAGAAUUUUUUAAAAUGUAUAUGUAUUGAUAAUAUGAACAGUGGUCUACAUCAGAUAUGGCUGAGACGGGAGUUUCCCAUUCAUUAUUGUGGAAUCAAAGGCACUUCUGAAUGCUGUAAAAUAGUAAGAAUGGUGUGUGUUUUUUAAAUAUUGUGUGCUCGUUUCCUUUUACUAAACACUAAAACCUGUGUGCAGGUUUUAUACUUCAGUACAGAAAAGUUUCACAUGUUAAUGUACAUUUUGUAUGUAAAGAGUGGUCUUUUAAGUAGUUUUAUCUUAUUUAAAUAAACUGAUUUAAAAGU